UCGGCCACCAUGAGCCACCCGUCGGGCCUCCGGUCCAGCCUCAGUUCCACCUCCUACCGCCGCACCUUCGGGCCACCGCCUUCACUGUCCCCGGGGGCCUUCUCCUACUCGUCCAGCUCCCGCUUCUCGAGCAGCCGCCUGCUGGGCUCGGCGUCCCCCGGCUCCUCCGUGCGCCUGGGCAGCUUCCGCGGUCCCCGGGUGGGCGCGGGCGCCCUCCUGCGCCUGCCCUCGGAGCGCCUCGACUUCUCCAUGGCCGAGGCCCUCAACCAGGAGUUCCUGGCCACGCGCAGCAACGAGAAGCAGGAGCUGCAGGAGCUCAACGACCGCUUCGCCAACUUCAUCGAGAAGGUGCGCUUCCUGGAGCAGCAGAACGCGGCCUUGCGCGGGGAGCUGAGCCAGGCCCGGGGCCAGGAGCCGGCGCGCGCCGACCAGCUGUGCCAGCAGGAGCUGCGCGAGCUGCGGAGGGAGCUAGAGCUGCUGGGCCGCGAGCGCGACCGGGUGCAGGUGGAGCGCGACGCGCUGGCGGAGGACCUGGCGGCGCUCAAGCAGAGGAUGGAGGAGGAAACUCGCAAGCGCGAGGAUGCGGAGCACAACCUGGUGCUCUUCCGUAAGGACGUGGACGACGCCACCCUGUCCCGCCUGGAGCUGGAGCGCAAGAUUGAGUCUCUGAUGGAUGAGAUUGAGUUCCUCAAGAAGCUGCACGAGGAGGAGCUGAGAGACCUGCAGAUGAGCGUGGAGAGCCAGCAGGUGCAGCAGGUCGAGGUGGAGGCGACCGUGAAGCCCGAGCUGACGGCGGCGCUGAGGGACAUCCGCGCCCAGUACGAGAGCAUCGCGGCGAAGAACUUGCAGGAGGCAGAAGAGUGGUACAAGUCCAAGUACGCGGACCUAUCCGACGCCGCCAAUCGGAACCACGAGGCCCUGCGCCAGGCCAAGCAGGAGAUGAACGAGUCCCGACGCCAGAUCCAGAGCCUGACUUGCGAGGUGGACGGGCUUCGCGGCACGAAUGAGGCCCUGCUCAGACAGCUGCGGGAGCUGGAAGAGCAGUUUGCCCUGGAGGCCGGCGGGUACCAGGCGGGCGCCGCGCGGCUCGAGGAGGAGCUGCGGCAGCUAAAGGAGGAGAUGGCGCGACACCUGCGAGAGUACCAGGAGCUCCUCAACGUCAAGAUGGCCCUGGACAUCGAGAUCGCCACCUACCGGAAGCUGCUGGAAGGCGAGGAGAGCCGGAUCUCCGUGCCUGUCCAUUCCUUUGCAUCCUUAAGUAUAAAGACGACUGUGCCCGACGUGGAGCCUCCCCAGGAGAGCCAAAGCCGGAAGAUGGUUCUGAUCAAGACCAUUGAGACCCGGAAUGGGGAGGUGGUGACAGAGUCUCAGAAGGAGCAGCGCAGUGAGCUGGACAAGGCUUCGACUCACAGCUACUGAACUCGUUGGUCCAGAGCUCCCCGACCCCGCCCUAGGCCUCUAAGCCCCAGUCCUUACACCAGUUCUGAAUUAGUCUCCUUCCCCUCUGCAUGUGAUCAGGGGAUGGCACCAGCCACCCCUUCCCUGGCCAAGCCCUACCCAGCACUGUAGCUGGGACUCUCCCUGCCUCUCCAUGCCCACGUAGACACUGUCCGUGUGUUCCUCAUUUCUUGUCCUGGUAAGAGGCCAGUCAACCCCAGGAUGAAUCUACUCCUGCCACGACCCCAAGAUUAGUGAGUGAGUCAGGGUCUGAGUUUCACUUUUAAAUUAAAUAA